UCGGGAGCGCGGCGGGGGACAGCGGAGUCUGCGGCGGCAAACAGGGCGUCAGCUGCCGUGUUGUCUGCCCAAGAUGGAGUUCCUCCUGGGGAACCCGUUCAGCACCCCUGUGGGGCAGUGUCUCGAAAAGGCAACUGAUGGUUCCCUGCAGAGCGAGGACUGGACAUUGAACAUGGAGAUCUGUGACAUCAUCAAUGAGACAGAGGAAGGGCCAAAGGAUGCCAUCCGAGCCCUGAAGAAGCGGCUCAGCGGGAACCGGAACUAUAGAGAAGUGAUGCUGGCACUGACAGUGCUGGAGACGUGUGUGAAGAACUGUGGCCACCGCUUCCACAUCCUAGUGGCCAACCGAGAUUUCAUCGACAGCGUUCUGGUCAAAAUCAUCUCUCCCAAGAAUAACCCUCCCACCAUUGUACAGGACAAAGUGCUUGCUCUGAUCCAGGCAUGGGCUGAUGCCUUUCGGAGCAGUCCUGACCUCACCGGUGUUGUGCACAUCUACGAGGAGCUGAAGAGGAAAGGGGUUGAAUUUCCCAUGUCAGACUUGGAUGCUCUGUCUCCCAUCCAUACACCCCAGCGGAGUGUCCCAGAAGUAGAUCCAGCCUCCACCAUGCCCAGGUCUCAGUCGCAGCAGAGGACCAGUGCCAGCUCCUAUUCCUCGCCUUCUCCUGCUUCCUACUCUGCUCCCCAGGCCCCGGCUCUGAGUGUGACUGGUCCCAUCACGGCCAAUUCAGAACAGAUUGCCAGGCUGCGGAGUGAGCUGGAUGUUGUCCGGGGAAACACGAAGGUCAUGUCGGAGAUGUUAACAGAGAUGGUCCCUGGGCAGGAAGAUUCAUCUGACCUGGAGUUGCUGCAGGAGCUGAACAGGACCUGCCGGGCCAUGCAGCACCGCAUCGUGGAGCUCAUCUCCCGCGUGUCCAACGAGGAAGUCACUGAGGAAUUGCUGCAUGUCAAUGAUGACCUCAACAAUGUCUUCCUCCGCUAUGAGAGGUUCCAGCGAUACAGGUCGGGUCGAUCAGUUCAGAAUGCCAGCAAUGGAGUGCUGAAUGAAGUGACUGAGGAUAACUUAAUAGACCUGGGCCCUGGCUCUCCUGCUGUGGUGAGCCCAAUGGUGGGGAGCACGGCACCCCCAUCUUCCCUCUCCUCUCAGCUCGCAGGCUUGGACUUGGGGACAGAGAGCGUCAGUGGCACCCUCAGUUCACUCCAGCAGUGUAACCCUCGUGACGGCUUUGACAUGUUUGCCCAGACUAGAGGGAACUCCUUGGCCGAGCAGCGUAAGACGGUCACCUAUGAGGAUCCCCAGGCUGUCGGAGGACUUGCUUCUGCACUAGACAUUCGGAAACAGAGCUCAGAAGUGACUUUUCUGUCCUCGGCCCAGCAGAGAGGGAAAGGUGGGGACUCUGACCUGGAGCCCAUAGACAGCUGGCUCAUGACCCAAGGAAUGAUCCCCGUUGCGCAGCCCUCUGUCAUGGACGACAUUGAGGUGUGGCUCAGGACGGAUCUGAAGGGUGAUGACCUGGAAGAGGGAGUCACAAGUGAAGAGUUUGAUAAGUUCCUGGAAGAAAGAGCCAAAGCUGCUGAAAUGGUUCCUGACCUCCCCUCACCCCCUGUGGAGGCCCCCACCCCAGCCUCAAACCCUUCUGGCCGGAAGAAGCCAGAGCGGUCGGAGGAUGCGCUCUUCGCCCUGUGAGCUGUUCUGCAGUUUGCCUCCACCAUAGCAGGUUACGGCUUGCUCCCCCAGAGGACCCUGGGUACUGGCCACUCAUCCCCACCCCUUACCUCCUCCUCUGCACACCUGUCUCUCCAUGGAAACACCACUGUAAACACAUCCCAGGCAUCCCCCAGUCAGGGCCAGCUUUUACCACCUUUUCUCCAGGUGGUGGGACAGAGGCACUGCUGUGAGGCCCCGCUCUCCCCUACCCCACUAGGCUUCCCUGAUUGUGUGUUCUCCCAGGAAGAGCCAGUGGCCUGGCCCCAGGUGGGGGAGCCCCAGGACAGUGUUCCUGAGCAGAUCCCAUGGACUGUCUCCUCCAUCACCUGCCCACAGAGAAGAGGGUCAGGCCUCUGCCCACCACAUGUGCCCUGCCUCUGCAUGGUCCAGUGGCUUCCCUCAGGCAUGCUGCCCACCUCUUCCAGAAAGGGUUUCAUGCCACUGCCUCUGGAAGAGUAGGGCUCAGUUGGUUGUACUUACCAGCUCAGUCUCUGUCCAUUGACUGUAUGUCACCUUGUGACACCUUGGCACUUUACAGGGGGCUAGUGGGGUACCCACAUGCGGGUCUCGUGUUCUUGACCCUCUCUCCACAGUCAGCUGCUAACCCAGGCCUUGUGCUCCAGCUGACUCAGCAGCUGAGCUUAGAUCUGACUGGCCCCAGAAGGACCUGUCACUCGUGGUCAGGAGGGCAACAUGCAACCUGUAGACAGUGGCCAUGUGGCAUGCUGAUCAGGUAGCAUUACCAAAAACCCUCUCGCCCCCUUUGCACACCCCGCACAUUCAAACCCACAUACAUUUGGCUCUGGGUGUGCAGGAGGCACUGCUCUGACUUGCUUGGAAGUGACGCAGGUUUGCUACACUCCACACCUGGGGCUCUGGCCUGGCUUGUAGUAGCCUCCACACCCUACCUCCAGAGCCAUCAGCAGACAGCACUGCACAGUGCCUGGAGGUUCCAAAUGACCCAAGGGCCAGAACAACACUAAGGUCCCUGGCAUGGGUCUUGGCCUCCUCCCCAAGCUAUCCUGACAGCCUGACUUCCUCCCACCACACAUGUCCCCUGGCCACUAAUUUGCAGUCUCUCCCAAACAGACCUUGAAAGCUGACAGCCUGGGGCUAAGCGGAUGGGGGCUGGUGACACCUGCUCCUGUCCUGUGUCCUCGCUGGUGUGUCCUUUGGCCAUGAACUCACAGCGCUACCCAAGCCCUGGUCCAGCUGACAACCUUUCCUUCCCAUGGAGUGGUCAGCCCUUCUCAUCUGACAGGAUGGCCCAGAGGAUGCACCGCCAGAGCGCCAGCCCCAGCAGGGAAAGGAGGCCAGCUGCACACGUGCAGGGACAGUGACCAGGCUCUGGGAAGCAUUUAGGGCCAAGACUGCAGUGAGGACCCUGCUGAAUACCAGCAGGAACAGCCCCACCCCAGGAUCCCAUGCUCAGUCUAGUACCCCUCCAACCACCUCCAGAGACAAGGCCUGUGGUCUGGCUGGGAGCCCAUCUGGCAGGACCAGCAGGGGAUGUCAGUCCAGUUCUGUGGAGGAUACCCAGGAAGCCCCUCCUCACAGCUUCCAGCCCUGUCCUCCUUGGAGCACAUGUUAGUUACUCUUCUACUCUCUGCUCCCUGGCCCUCGGUCAGCACCUGCCCCCUCAGCAUUUCUUGAGGACAGAGCUCCUGAGGCCUACUUAGAUAUAAAACUUCAAAAAGGAGGCUGACUUGAGUCAAGCUGAAGAGAAGGUGGCUUGGGUGGCCCAGAGGUCUCAGCUCUUUGAAAAGUCUGGAAGUCAGAACCCACCUUUGCCAGCCUGCCAGAGCUACAGGUGAUGGCAGCCAGGUCACCUCCUUGCUUUGUGGAGGGUGCAGAGAGAAGGAGGGAGCUCUUUCUGAAGUGAGUGAGGCUGAGAAGGUUCCUGCUUGGGGUCCCCAGCAAAGCCCUGUGUACAGAGCUGUCCCUCAAUCCCAGGUCCAGCUGGUUGGUGCAAAUUGGAGAGGUUUGGCAGCCCUGUGGCAGCAGCUGGUAUUGGACCCCUGUGGGCCAGCAGGAGGCACUAGCCAUGCAGACUAGGUCCCCUGCCUUUGUGGCCUGGAGCUGGUGAUUCAAACACCUGCUCAUACAUCCUGUCAGGAGGGAGUUUGCCCUACCUGUAGGCAGAAGCGACACAGGCCUGAGGCCCACACUGGAAGCAAGUAUGGGUAGGUGCCCUGAAGGGCGCACUGCUAGGCUCUUGCAGGGCUGUUUUGUCUGAGAUCUCUGGCUCCCACUCACACCCUGCCAUCUGGGGAGCACAAUUCUCAGGCCACCUGCUUAGGGGAGGGAGCAGAGCCCUGGUGGGAAAGCUGGACCCUGGCAAGCCACCAGCCUCAAGUGUUAGAAAUCACAGAUACAGUAUGUACUUAAUUACACUAAAUUAUUGCUGGGAUUCCUCAUAAGCACUAAUUAUACCUGAUUAUAGGUUAAAAUAUUUAUUUUGUCAAAAUAUUUUCUUGGGGACAUGUUUAACCUUUUUUGUGCUUAUUGUGUGCUGAGAUGUGAAAACUAACUAUUUCCUCCUGCCUAUCUUUUUGGCCAGCAGGCAACAGUAAAUGGCACUAUGUGCAGUUUGACCCCUGUGUGGUAGGCUCUGGCCUGCCUGCUGCAGAGUGGUGGUCCCUGCCCAGGUACAUAGCAGUCUGGACUGUGGCCAGACUGAGAAUGACCACUUGUUUAUCAGUACAUGCGGGACACACAGGGUUUCAGAGGUGAAAGGGCUCGUUGUCAGCCUGGGCCAGAGGGAAAGGUGACUGUCUUAUGUCUAUCCUCCCGUUUGUCUGUCAGCCCCUCUGUGAGUGACUGCGCCUUGGCUCACUGCCCUUCCCCAACCCCCACCCAGUGGUCUUAGGGCCUGUGCUGUUACUGCAGCCCCUCAGGAGGUGAGAACUGGGCACCCCAUAGUAUUUCUCAGCUCAGAGUGAUGGCCAGGGCUCUGCAGGGCCCAGUGGCUGCAGUGCUCCUGUCCCUCUUCUUCCUUUCUGCCACUCUACCCCUACUCCUAUUUCUCCUCCCUGGUUAAUGCAGACACCCCUCUAGCUGGGACCCAACCUUCUGGAUGGUUCAGGGUGGGUCAUGGGCUUCCGAGGAGCCAGGUCAGCUCCCUAGCAGCUGGGGAAGAACACCAUGAAGAAGUACUUGCUCUUAGCCCCUUGCACUGCCAGGUGGGCCUGUGAGAUUCUCCAUGGUCUACUGUCAGCCUGCUGUUGAGUCAUGGGCUCUUCUUCCUGUUCACCCACAUAGGGAAACAGUCACUCUCCCCAACCCAUGAAGGAAUAUUUCUGCCCCAAAGAUGCUUGGGUCCUGUAGUACCCGCCUCUCCCAGGCCCAUCUCCAGCCCUUGCUGUCCAAAGGCGUUCAGGCCAGGCUUUCCUUCUGGCCACCAGACCCUAGGAGCAGCUGUCAACCCCUGCCUCAUGACUGCUUUUGUCACAGUGUCCCAAAUCUCCAGGUUCUCCUGGAGAACGGGGGAUGGAUCUUUAUUUCCUGAAGUUUGCACUUAAUUUGUGACUGUUCUAGGGAUCCAGAAGAGGAAUGUGUUGAGUCCUUCGUCCCCUUGUUCCAGAAGUCUGGUGUUUUUGUCACUGUCCUGUGUUUCUGUGGGUAGAGCUGGUUCUGGAGGGUGGGUCAGUGCUUGAACAGCUCAGAGGGACACUGGAGCGUCCACCUGCCCCACUGGCUCUCCUUCCAGAUACCAUCGCUCUAGUUUGGGUUCUUGCAUGUAAAGUAAUCUAUAAUAAAUAAAUACUUGA